AUGCCCUAUUCGCCAUAUCCUAGGCAUGAGCCUCGAAAAUUCCUGCCGCACGGCCCGGCCUACGAUCGUCCCGUCCUAACUACGCCGCCAGGGCCCCGAUUGCCAUCGCUCAGUGGCCAUCUCCCGGGCCGGGCUCCCGACGCCAGGUACCUGGUCUCUUCUGAAACUCCACGGCAUCUUUACCGCCAGUCUAUGCCACAAACACUACCGCUACGGACUCAGAACCGCGGUCCUGCGAAGUCCGAUCUACACGGUUGCCCCAGCCCGUACGAGGAUGUGUCAAGCCCCAUGAGCCAUGGUCGCGACUAUGAUAGCUAUCGGGGUUACGACCUGGAGUCACAGCACAGCAGCAGCUCGACAACGAUGCCCAGUCCCGUCUACUCAGAAAAGAGCGCCGCUGCAGCAUAUGCGAGCAGUGCUGCUCCGUCCACUAGGACGAGCAGCGGCAGCCACAACGAGCCACCAUCAAGACAAAGAUCACGGCCAACAAGCUAUAGUAUGCCGUUAGGGUUUGAUAGGCUUCUUCAUCACUCUCCAGAAUCAUCACCGCCUCCCCCUCCUCCACCGCCACGGCAACCACGCCGCCCAUCCACACAGUCCCGCUACCACCUCCAUAUCCGCCAGCAGCCCGAAGCCGCGCGAGCCUGCGGCGCCGGCGACAGAGACCGCCGCCCCGUUGACCCGCCUCCGAUAGUGCAAAUCCUCCUAACAGACUUCGAUCCAGUCUCGCAGGAGGACCGUGAUAUUCUGCAAGACCCGCGCUUCACUGUAGGCUGCCUUCUCUUUCCAGUGUCCUCCUCUUCCCCGUGGGCACAGCCCACCGACGCAGAUCCCACAGGCUCCAAGCGCAGUAGUACCAGUGAAGGAAACGGUGGCGUCGCCCGUUCUGACGACACGUUUUCCACGCCUUUACUCUCCGGCAAAGCAUUCAUGUCCCCCUUCUAUGUGGACGAAGACCCAGACCCGACAUCUGCACCAAUACACCCAUCACUUUCCUCGUCCGCGAACAUCAUAUCCAGAAACACAAGCAAAAGAAACACGCUAUCCUCUCUGUCUCGACCUCACAUCCACCCACCAGCAACAUUUUUCAUCUUCGCAGACCUUUCCAUCCGCUCGGCGGGCCUGUACCGGCUGCAGUUCCGGCUCAUGAAUUGGGGUUCCGUCGAGGAUACGGGCCAGUCCAUGCCGAUUCUUGCGGAGACGUGGUCUGAUCCAUUCCGCGUGUAUCCCGCGAAGGAUUUCCCGGGGAUGCAGGACUCGUCGAAUCUAGCGGAGGGGUUGAAGGCUCUUGGGUUUGUGGAGCUGAAGACGAGGGGUAAGGGGAAAGGGAAGGGGAGGAGGAAACCCUAUUGA